UGUGUGAUCUUGGUGAAGAGAGAACCGACCCACUUCAAGCCAUUCCAUAAAUUGGAGUACGCCGCAAAGGUCAGGAUCAAGACUGUUGGACGACCAACUUCACAGGUUGCUGAGUUUGGCGGAGCUGUUCAGCCUGCGGAAAUUGGGAAUUUUACGGGCGAUCCGCUGCGCAAUACGAAAGCUCCUGCUUGACGAAUAGGCACUGCUAACGUGCUGAGCACCAAUAUUAGACUAUUCAUAAAACAAAGAAAGCGACCUUGACGUGACAAUUGGUGGAUUCCACACAGCUCACAGAAGCAAAUAUCCCAUUAGAAUUCACGUGUAAUUUUCAGAGCUUCAAGCCCCGCCUCUUCAGGUGAAGACAUGAAGACAGAACCUGUGAUGGACAGCACAGAUUACACAGGGCUGGAGCUCAGAUCCUGUCUGAUUAAAAGUGAAGACGCAGAGGAGAGUAUAGAGGGGAAGAAUGGAUGUGGGAUGAGCAGGGAGGAAGAACUCAUUCUCUCCAACAUAAAGGAAGAGGAGGAGGAAGGUGGGGAGAGGCAGAGGGAGGAGGUGAAGAUGGAGGAUGGUGUGAAAGUUGAAGACGUUGAAAGAAAUGACUGGAACCCAGAAAAUGAGGGGGAUGUAAUGGACCAAACCCUCCAGACUGACAGGAUAUCAGAUUUCAAACAGGAAGAGGAAAGCUUGGUUACUUCCUUUGUUAUCAAACAGUCUACAGUACCAUCCGCUGAAUCUCCUGCCAUCUCCCCCAGGGCUGGAAAUACAGGGCUGUCUGAUGUGUUUGCCUGUUCCCCGUGUGGGAAGAGCUUCAAGACUCCGUCUCAGUUGACGAUACAUCAGCGAACCCAUACAGGGGAGCGUCCAUACCACUGCUCCCAGUGUGGGAAGAGUUUUCGUCAGUCAGGUGGUCUAACGGCACACCAGCGAGAUCAUUCAGGGGAGCGCCCGUACCCCUGCCCCCAGUGUGAGAUGAGCUUCAAGAGUUCAACACACUUGACUCUACAUGAGCGAACCCAUGGAGGUGAGCGCCCAUACCAUUGCUCCCAAUGUGGACAGACGUUCCGUCAUUCCAACACUCUGAAGCUACACCAGCAAAGUCAUACAGGAGAACGGCCAUACCAGUGCUCCCAGUGCGAGAAGAGCUUCGGUCAUCUAAGCAGUCUGAAAUCACAUCAGCGGCGUCAUACAGGAGAACGGCCAUACCAGUGCUCCCAGUGCGAGAAGAGCUUUGGUCAUCUCAGCAGUCUGAAGUCACACCAGCGUUGUCAUACAGGGGAGCGCCCAUACCUCUGCUCCCUGUGUGGGAAGAGCUUCCAAAAGAAAGGGAACCUGAUGGUACACCAGCGAAUCCAUACAGGUGAGCACCCAUACCUCUGCUCACAGUGUGGGAAGAGCUUCCAAAGUAAAGCGAACCUGACAGUACACCAGAGAACCCAUACAGGUGAGCGCCCAUACCACUGCUCCCAAUGUGAACAGACAUUCCGUCAUUCCACCAGUCUGAAGUCACACCUGCGUUGUCAUACAGGUGAGCACCCAUAUCUCUGCUCCCUGUGUGGGAAGAGCUUCCAAAGUAAAGCAAAUCUAAUGGUACACCAGCGAAUCCAUACAGGUGAGCACCCGUACCUCUGCUCACAGUGUGGGAAGAGCUUCCAAAAGAAAGGGAACCUGACUGUACACCAACGAACCCAUACAGGUGAGCGCCCAUACCACUGCUCCCAAUGUGAACAGACAUUCCGUCAUUCCACCAGUCUGAAGUCACACCUGCGUUGCCAUACAGGGGAGCACCCAUACCACUGCUCCCAGUGCGAGAAGAGCUUUAAAUGUAAAUCUCACUUGAUGGUACACCAGCGAACUCAUGUAAGGGAGCAGGUGCACCAGUGCUCCCAGUGUGGGAAGAAAUUCAGCUGUAAAGCAAACCUGAUUGAACACCAGCGAGUUCAUACGGGAGAGCGCCCAUACCAGUGCUCCCAGUGUGAUAAGACAUUCAGAUAUGCAUCAAACCUAAGAGUUCACCAGCACGUUCAUGCAGGGGAGCACACUAAUUCACGUGUCCUUUUCAGAGCUUCAAGCCCCGCCUCUUCAGGUGAAGACAUGAAGACAGAACCUGUGAUGGACAGCACAGAUUACACAGGGCUGGAGCUCAGAUCCAGUUUGAUUAAAAGUGAAGACGCAGAGGAGAGUAUAGAGGGGAAGAAUGGAUGUGGGAUGAGCAGGGAGGAAGAACUCAUUCUCUCCAACAUAAAGGAAGAGGAGGAGGAAGGUGGGGAGAGGCAGAGGGAGGAGGUGAAGACGGAGGAUGGUGUGAAAGAUGAAGAGGUUGAAAGAAAUGAUCGGAACCCGGAAACUGAGGGGGAUGAACAGGGGGUGGGAGUUGUAAUGAACCAAACCCUCCAGACUGACAGGAUAUCAGAUUUCAAGCAGGAAGAGGAAAGCAUGGUUGCUUCCUUUGUUAUCAAACAGUCUACAGUAUCCUCCCUUGGAUCUCCUGUCAUCUCCUCCAGGGCUGGAAAAACAGGGCUGUCUGAUGUGUUUGCCUGUUCCCAGUGUGAGAAGAGCUUCAAGACUCCAUCUCAGUUGACGAUACAUCAGCGAACCCAUACAGGGGAGCGUCCAUACCACUGCUCCCAGUGUGGGAAGAGUUUUCGUCAGUCAGGUGGUCUAACGGCACACCAGCGCGUUCAUUCAGGGGAGCGCCCGUACCCCUGCCCCCAGUGUGAGAUGAGCUUCAAGAGUUCAACACACUUGACUCUACAUGAGCGAACCCAUAGAGGUGAGCGCCCAUACCACUGCUCCCAAUGUGGACAGACGUUCCGUCAUUCCAACACUCUGAAGCUACACCAGCAAAGUCAUACAGGAGAACGGCCUUACCAGUGCUCCCAGUGUGGAGAAACCUUCAAGUGUCUCAGCAGUCUGAAAUCGCAUCAGCGGCGUCAUACAGGAGAACGCCCAUACCAGUGCUCCCAGUGUGAGAAGAGCUUUGGUCAUCUUAGUAGUCUGAAGUCACACCAGCGUUGUCAUACAGGGGAGCGCCCAUACCUCUGCUCCCUGUGUGGGAAGAGCUUCCAAAAGAAAGGGAAUCUGACUGUACACCAGCGAAUCCAUACAGGUGAGCACCCAUACCUCUGCUCACAGUGUGGGAAGAGCUUCCAAAGUAAAGCGAACCUGACAGUACACCAGCGAACCCAUACAGGUGAGCGCCCAUACCACUGCUCCCAAUGUGAACAGACAUUCCGUCAUUCCACCAGUCUGAAGUCACACCUGCGUUGCCAUACGGGGGAGCGGCCAUACCACUGCACCCAGUGCGAGAAGAGCUUUAAAUGUAAAUCUCACUUGAUGGUACACCAGCGAACCCAUGUAAGAGAGCAGGUGCACCAAUGCUCCCAGUGUGGGAAGAAAUUCAGCUGUAAAGCAUACCUGACUGAACACCAGCGAGUUCAUACGGGAGAGCGCCCAUACCAGUGCUCCCAGUGUGAUAAGACCUACAGAUUCGCAUCAAACCUAACUGCCCACCAGCACGUUCAUGCAGGGGAGCACACAUAACCCUGUCUCCAGUGUGGGAACAGCUUCACGUGUAAAUCAAACUUGAAUUUACACCAGGAUAUCCUUGCAGGAGUGUGCCCUAAGUGUUAACAGAGUCAAUAAAUUAGUCACAUGGUUAUCCAAAGCGCUGUACAAUUGAUGCUUCUCAUUCACCCAUUCAUACGCUCACUCACACACACACCGAUGGCGAUUGGCUGCCAUGCAAGGCACCGACCAGCUCGUCAGGAGCAUUUGGGGGUUAGGUGUCUUGCUCAGGGACACUUCGACACAGCCCGGGCAGGGGAUCAAACCGGCAACCAUUCAACUGCCAGACAACUGCUCUUACUGCCUGAGCCAUGUCGCCCCGUACACAUUACACCUACAUUCAAAAUGUGAAUACUGGUGCAUCCCUACAAAACUCCCUGGUGGGACUAAACCAUGAUCCUGGCUAAUUGCACUCUGCCAUUCACUACGUGUAUGACGGUGUUCA